UAUACGACACCCUCAAACCACGGAGGGGUUGCAUCAGAGAGUGGCCGUGAAGCCGAUUAUCCGACGGAUAGAAAGCUGAAGGGUCCCAGUCUGACAUAUUCAUGGCCGCCAAAGCUGGAGCAUCCCCGGCGACGUACUCACCGUCUCCAACAACCUAUAAGAAGAACAGACCUCCUAUUUUCACCGACGUUGAUUGGGUUCGUCCCGACGGUCGUGAUUUUCAUCAGUGCAGACCUGCAUUUCUACGAACGGGUGCCGUAAAUGCAGCAUCAGGAUCUGCUUAUGCAGAGUUUGGUAAUACCAAGGUCAUGGUGUCUAUAUUUGGGCCCAGGGAAAGUAAGAAAGCGAUGAUCUACAGUGAUAUUGGUCGCCUGAAUUGUAAUGUUAGUUAUACAACUUUUGCCACUCCAGUUCGAGGACAGGCAUCAGACAACAAAGAAAUUUCGUCACAGUUGCACAAGUCUUUGGAGGGUGCCAUCAUGCUAGAUACAUUUCCGAAAACAACUGUGGAUGUUUUUGCAUUAGUAUUGGAAUCUGGAGGAUGUGAUCUUCCUGUGGUAAUCUCAUGUGCCAGUCUUGCUUUGGCAGAUGCAGGGAUUAUGAUGUAUGAUUUGGUUGCUGCAGUUUCUGUGUCUUGUCUCGGGAAGAAUCUUGUCAUUGACCCUGUUUCAGAAGAAGAAAACUAUCAAGAUGGUGGUCUUAUGAUUACCUGUUUACCAUCUCGUAAUGAGGUUACUCAGCUAACAAUAACCGGAGAAUGGUCUACCCCUAAGAUUCAUGAGGCAAUGGAACUAUGCCUUGAUGCGUGUUCGAAACUAGGGAAGAUCAUGCGAUCAUGUUUGAAAGAAUCCUCCUCUACUUCACAAGAAUAGCUCAAGACAUGUAUGUUCGAUUUAUAGUUUCUCAUUACAAGAUGCAUAAUAGUCGUCGGUUCAGUUUUGAAUCUUGUUUUACCCUGUCCAAAUUUUGAACCUGUGAUAAAUGCUCUUUUCUUGCUAGCCUUGGUUUUGUUUCUUUAAAUUCUUUUUUUUUUGGCAUAAAGAUGUGUGUUUCCUA